AUGUGCGCACUCAAUGAUAAUAAACCUGUUUGGGUACGAGAUAAUGAGCAUGGAUUUCUUCUUGGUAAAAUAACCGAUAUUGGUUCAGAUAACGUUACUGUUAAAUUGAAUGAGAGCAAAAAGACAUUAGUUGUGCCAUAUGAUUCAGCAUUUCAAGCAGAAGAAUAUGAUAAAGAUGUUGAUGAUAAUUGUGCACUUAUGUAUCUUAAUGAAGCAACACUAUUAAAUAAUGUUCGCCGUCGUUAUAAAAAUGAUUUAAUUUAUACUUAUGUAGCGAAUAUUUUAAUUGCAAUUAAUCCUUAUAAAGAAUUAUUGGGUCUGUAUUCGAGCGAUUCAAUCAAACGUUAUAAUGGAAAAUCACUUGGUAUUAUGCCACCACAUGUUUAUGCUAUUGGUGAUAAAGCAUAUCGUGAUAUGCGUUCUGUCAAACAAAGUCAAUCAAUAAUUAUAUCAGGCGAAUCCGGAGCUGGUAAAACUGAGUCAGCUAAAUAUGUUUUACAAUAUUUAACGGAAUCAUAUGGUGCGCAUAAUGGUCAAAUUGAAGAUCGUAUUAAUAAAUCCAACCCAUUAUUAGAAGCAUUUGGCAAUGCUAAAACAACUCGUAAUAAUAAUUCAAGUCGUUUUGGUAAAUUUAUUGAAGUUCAUUUUAAUGAUAAACAUCGUGUUGUCGGUGGUUAUAUAUCUCAUUAUUUACUUGAAAAAUCCCGCAUAUGUGUUCAAUCAAAAGAUGAACGAAAUUAUCAUAUAUUUUAUCGUUUAUGUGCUGGUGCACCUGAAGAUAUUCGAAGUGCAUUACGACUUGCAUCACCAGAUAGUUUUCAUUAUCUUAAUCGUGGUUGUACACAAUAUUUUUGUAAUAGUCAAACAGAAAAAUCUUUAUCAAAAAAUCGACGAAGUCAAGAUUGUAUAUCAAAAGGUGUAUUACGUGAUCCACAAUUAGAUGAUGUUAAUGACUUUAAGGAAUGUGAUCAAUCAAUGGGUCAAAUGGGAUUAACACAACAAGAUAAAUUAAAUAUUUACAGUACAGUUGCAGCUGUUUUACAUGUUGGAAAUAUCAAUUUUGAAGAUGAUCCGGAAAGUACAAAAGGUGGUUGUAAAGUAACAUCAACAACAGAAAAAUCAUUAAGUAUAACAGCUGAUAUGCUUGGUCUUGAUCAACGUGAUUUACGUAAUGCUUUAAUAACACGAGUUUUAAUGACAAAAACAACUAGUAGCGGUAAAGGAACAGUGAUUCCUGUUCCAUUAAAAGUUCAUGAAGCUCAAAAUGCACGUGAUGCAUUAGCUAAAGCAAUAUAUAUUCGAUUAUUUGAUCAAAUAGUUACAUUUGUUAACAAAUCAAUACCAUUUAGUUCAUCUAAUUCAUAUAUUGGUAUUCUUGAUAUAGCUGGUUUUGAAUAUUUUCCUAUAAAUUCAUUCGAACAAUUUUGUAUUAAUUAUUGUAAUGAAAAAUUGCAACAAUUUUUUAAUGAACGUAUACUUAAAGAAGAACAAUUAUUAUAUGAUAAAGAAGGUCUUGAGUUGAAAAAAAUUAGUUAUAUUGAUAAUCAAGAUUGUAUUGAAUUAAUCGAAGCAAAAACAACUGGUUGUUUUGAUUUAUUAGAUGAAGAAAGUAAAUUACCAACACCACGACCUGAACAUUUUACAACUGAAGUUCAUAAUCGUAAUAAAGGUCAUCCAAGACUUGAUUUUCCACGAAAAUCUAAAUUACGUGCAUCACGUGAAAUUCGUGAUGAUGAAGGUUUUCUUGUUCAACAUUUUGCUGGUAGUGUUGUUUACUCAACUGCACAAUUUAUUGAAAAAAAUAAUGAUGCGUUACAUGCAUCAUUACUUAUUCUGAUUCAAGAAUCAAGAAAUACUUUCAUUAAAAAUCUUUUUCCAAAAGCACCCGAACAUGAACAAUCAGCAGGAAAAUUAAAUUUUAUUUCUGUUGGUUCUAAAUUUCGUUCACAAUUAGCUGAUCUUAUGAAUAAAUUACGAAGUACUGGUAUUAGUUUCAUUCGUUGUAUUAAACCAAAUCUCAAAAUGGUUCCAAGUUUGUUUGAAGGUGGUCAAAUUCUAAGUCAAUUACAAUGUAGCGCUAUGGUAUCAGUGUUAGAUUUAAUGCAACAAGGUUUUCCAUCACGUGCACAAUUUGCUGAAUUAUAUGGAAUGUAUAAAUCAUAUUUACCAAAAGAAUUAGCACGACUUGAUCCACGUCUUUUUUGUAAAGCAUUAUUUAAAGCUUUAAAUCUUCGUGAUACAGAUUUUAAAUUUGGUUUAACAAAAGUUUUUUUUCGUCCGGGAAAAUUUGCUGAAUUUGAUGAAAUUAUGAAAUCUGAUCCAAAGAAUUUAGCUAUACUUAUUUCAAAAGUUAGAAAAUGGCUUUUACGAACACGAUGGAGAAAAGCCCAAUGGUGUGUUUUAUCAGUUAUUAAACUUAGAAAUAAAAUACUUUAUCGACGUCAAUGUUUAAUUGAUAUUCAACGACAUGUUCGUAUGCAUUUAGUUUAUAAAUCUUAUGCACCACGAAUUCGAGGUUUAGUUAAAGUUAAAGCAUUACAUGAACAAGUUGCUUCUAUGGAGAAGAUUGUUGGUCAAAUGAAAGUUAAUAAAGAACAAGUUUACAAACAAGUACAACAAUUAAGACAACGAAUUGAUCACUUACUCAAUGAAAUUACAGUAGGUUUCAUUUGA